AUGCGCUUGAUAGCUCUUCCUUCUCUUUCUCCUCCGGCUCCUCUGCCUCCUCUUUCUCCUCUGUCUCAUCUUUCUCCUCUGUCUCCUCUUUCUCCACCGUCUCCUCUUUCUCCUCUUUCUCCACCGUCUCCUCUUUCUCCACCGUCUCCUCUGUCUCCUCUUUCUCCUCUGUCUCCUCUGUCUCCUCUUUCUCCACCGUCUCCUCUUUCUACUAUAUCCUUGUCUUCGGAAAUGGAUUUCAAUCCAUUUGAGGAUUCUGCCAAUUUUGUUGACCUACUUAAUAGUCAACAAAAUGUUGUCUUUGGCAGUCAACAACCCUCCUCAGGCAGUCAAGCUGCAGAGCAGCGACCAGAGCGUAAGGAAAGAAGGUCGUGGACAGUUUCAGAGGAUAUAGUGCUCAUUAGCGCGUGGUUGAACACGAGCAAAGAUCCCGUUGUAGGGAAUGAGCAGAAGUCAGUGGCUUUCUGGACCAGAGUUGCAGCAUACUUCUCGGCUAGUCCUAAACUUGCAGCCUCUGAAAAACGAGAGGGUAGUCAAUGCAAGCAACGUUGGCACAAGGUGAAUGAAGCAGUUUGCAAGUUCUCAGGGGCGUAUGAAGCAGCCACAAGAGAGAAAACCAGUGGCAUGAAUGACAAUGAUGUUCUAAAGCUGGCCCACGAGAUCUUCUUCAAUAACCAAAAAAAGAAGUUCGGUCUCGAACAUGCCUGGAACGAGCUUCGCAACGACCAGAAGUGGUGUGAGCUCGCUACUGCUAAAACUGAUACCAGCUCGAAAAGGAGGAAGUUUGCCGACGGUUCACAUUCAGGAGCAAGCUCGAAAGUCAAUGAAAACGAGGCUGCUGUAGAAGGAACAUCUCGUCCCCCUGGUGUUAAGGCUGCAAAAGCCCGUGGGAAGAAACCAAUUGCUGAGGGGAAAGACGUUGGUGAUCUUCAGAACAUGUUGGUUAGGAAGGAGAAGAUGUCGACGAUGAAGCUUCUGGACAGGCUCAUGGCAAAACAAGAACCUCUAGAUGAUGAUGAAGUAGCUCUGAAGAAGAAGUUAACUAAAGAGUUGUUGCUGUCUAAUUAG